ACCUCGCGCUUCUGGGUGUCCAUUCUUCUCCUGCUACUACUGCUUCGUUCUAAAGACCAGAAGUGUCCCGAAACUAAAGGGGCUCGGCGGGCACUUCCGGGAGCUGGAGUGCAGGGUUCCGGAAGCGUGCCGGAGGCUGAGCGAACGGCGGCGGCUGCAGGAUGAAGAAGGAGCAGGUGCUGCACUGUCAGUUCUCCUCGUGGUAUCCGCUCUUCCGCAGUCUCACUAUCAAGAGUGUCAUUCUUCCACUUCCUCAGAAUGUGAAGGAUUAUUUACUUGAUGAUGGAACUCUGGUGGUUUCAGGAAGCACUUGAGCUUCACUGCUUCAAGCAGACUUUUUCAAAUAGAAAGAGACAGAGGGAAAGAUAUCACAGCACUGAAGCUGUGUCAUUCACAUGGCAAAGUAGGCAUGCUCCCAGGGAAGAUCCACCAACACAAGCUCAGCCAGACAGUGAUGAUGAAGCAGAAGAAAUACAGUGGUCAGAUGACGAGAAUACAGCCACACUGACGGCACCAGAAUUUCCUGAAUUCAGCACAGAAGUCCAAGAAGCCAUCAAUUCCCUGGGGGGCAGUGUAUUUCCUAAGCUUAACUGGAGUGCCCCAAGGGAUGCCUACUGGAUAGCAAUGAACAGCUCUCUGAAAUGUAACACCCUCAGCGAUAUCUUCCUCCUGUUUAAGAGUUCUGACUUCAUCACACGGGACUUUACUCAGCCAUUCAUUCACUGUACUGAUGACUCCCCAGAUCCUUGUAUGGAGUAUGAGCUUGUUCUUCGGAAAUGGUGUGAAUUAAUUCCUGGGGCUGAGUUCCGAUGUUUUGUCAAAGAAAACAAGCUUAUUGGUGUUUCUCAAAGAGACUACACACAAUACUAUGAUCAUAUUUCUAAACAGAAGGAAGAAAUUUGCAGAUGCAUACAAGACUUUUUCAAGAAACAUAUACAGUAUAAGUUUUUAGAUGAAGACUUUGUAUUUGACAUAUAUAGAGACAGUAGGGGGAAGGUGUGGCUCAUUGAUUUUAAUCCCUUUGGUGAAGUCACAGAUUCACUACUGUUCACUUGGGAAGAGCUGAUAUCUGGGCGAAACUUGAAAGGUGACUUCUCUGAAGGCGAGGCUCUGGAACAGGAUUCUCCUACGUUCCGUUGCACCGACAGUGAGGUGACUGUUCAGCCCAGCCCCUACCUUAGUUACCGCCUGCCCAAAGACUUCGUUGACCUCUCUACGGGGGAGGACGCCCACAAACUCAUAGAUUUCCUCAAGCUGAAGAGAAGUCAGCAAGAGGAUGACUGAUCAGCAUGCUCGAGUUCAAGACUGAGCUAACGAGGAAACCAGCGCUACUUCAGGAGGAAUUUCAUAGGUUUACAGUUUCCUAUUAACCCAGUCAGAUGGGGAUUGGGGAUGGUUGGCUAGGGGGUAAGGGUAGAAAUCACUAGCCUUUUAUAUUUCUGUAUAUUGAGUUGGAAAUGAAGUGGAGGGGCUUUGCUACUUUGAAAGAUAACACAAUAAAUAGAUUUUAAACAUAUGAAACCA